AUGUCUAAGAUAGACAAACUAUCCAUUUCGGGCGUUCGAUCCUUCAGUCAUCUCACUCGAGAGACUAUCCAAUUCAACACUCCUCUCACUCUCAUCGUGGGGUAUAAUGGUUCAGGUAAAACUACCAUAAUCGAGUGUCUUAAAUAUGCCACCACCGGCGAGCUACCUCCCAACAGCAAGGGAGGAGCUUUCAUUCACGAUCCUAAGCUAUGUGGAGAACGAGAGGUUUUGGCGCAGGUUAAGCUCAAGUUCAAAGUUCCUCCUGAUACUACUUAUGUGGUCACCCGUAGUCUACAGCUCACCGUGAAGAAGACCACGAGGUCCCAGAAAACCCUCGAGGGUACCCUCCUUACCGACCAUGGGGGUGAAAAGAACUCAACCUCUUCUAGAGUAAUUAACCUCGAUACUGCCGUUCCUACCAGUCUAGGUGUCGCCCCAGCUAUCCUCGACGCUGUAAUAUUCUGCCAUCAAGACGAAUCGUUAUGGCCUAUGAGCGAACCUUCCGCUCUCAAAAAACGGUUCGAUGAGAUCUUCGAGGCCAUGAAAUAUACCAAAGCAAUUGAUAACCUCAAGUUGCUAAAAAAGAAACAGGGGGAAGACCUACAAAAAUAUAAGAUCAUGGAAGGCCAAGACAAGGCCAACAAGGAGAAGGCCGACAAAUGUGAAAAGCGGUCUCAGGAACUAUUUCAAGAAAUCGAGCGGUUACGGAAGGAAUGUGAACAGAUGGAGAAGGAGAAGAACGAGGCUGAUCAGAACGCUGUCGAGAUGCACCGGGAGGCGAACAGCUUUCUCAACAUCGUGAACGAUUUGAAGAGCAACCAGCGAGAACUUGGCUACCUUCAACAGAAAUUAGAGGAGACGAAAUCUAGAAUGACUGAGAUGGACGAGCCCGACGACUGGUUGCAGGACACUUUAGCACAGUACGAAGAUCGGGUCACAAGACUCGAACAGGAACACAAAGAAAACAUUGAGCAAUUCCGGCAGUUCCAAAAGGAUCACUCGAGGACUGGUGAUGAGAUAAAAGAGAAGCUAGCAGAACAGGGUAUGCACCAAUCCGACAAAGCCAAGUACGAACGCCAGCUUGCUUUACGGAUCGAGCACAUCCAUCAAGCAGCCCAAUUGCAUAGUAUUCGUGGGUUCGAUGGAGAUCUGGAUGAUCGCAAGGUCCAAGCAUUUCAGGAGCGGAUUCAAACUCUUCUAGCAGACAAAAAGCGAGAAUUUGAGAGUCUACAGUCAGAAAAUGCUGACGAGCUUGAAAAGAAGAGAGCCGCCAUUGGCGACUUAGACAAUCAGAAGGCGCGCCAUACGCAAAACCGCGUUUUUGCGAGGCAAGCAAUUGGCAAGAUAGAGAAACGAAUUGCAGCCCUGCAAAAAGACCUCAGCUCUGUAGAAGUUGACGAAGGCAGUAAGGCGUUACUUGACGCAUCUUUCAAGGACGUAGAGCAACGGCUUGGACAGGCCACCCAGGAAUUGCAGAAAGGUGACUUUGAUGCAAGAUUACAGCAGGAAGAGAGCAAACUACAACAACUCGAGGCUGAGAAUAGUAAACUUAAGCUCGAACUCAUGGAAUCUACUAAGCUCCUUUCUGACCGAGCACAAUUAGAUGUUCGCAAGAUGGAGUUGGCUGACAAGAAGCGGAAACUAGAUACACUCACCAGCACCUGGAGUGAUAAGAUAUCUAGCAUGGUCAGCGGCUCGUGGGAACCUUCAAACAUCAGUCGCGAAUUUCAGAAUGCUUUGCAGCUAAAGACACAGGCCUAUGACGAGUCAGUCCGAAAGCGCGACGAUACUGUCCAGCAACUUAAGCAAGUGCAGUAUACACUUUCUAGUUCACAGGCGACGGCCAGGAAGCACAAUGAAGAAAUGGAGCGAUGCAAAUUAGCGGUACUUGAUGCGCUUAAGGCGGCAGAUUCUACAUCCGAACCAAGCGUCGAUAAGUUACCUCAAGAGAUUGAGCGCCUUGAGGAGGAGAUCCUUACCUUGGAAAAGGAUCUAGCCCUCUUCGAACACUUCAAGGACUACUAUCUAGAAUGCCAGAAAGUGCUAAAUAAACAUAAUAGGUGUAAACUCUGCGAUCGCACCUUUGUCGACGUAAGUGAGAAGUCGCGCUUGGUUAAAAAAAUCAAGGAAGCGCUCGGAGAAGCUAAGAAGGAGGAGAUGCAAACCGAGCUAGCUGAGUGCGAAGAGUUAUUAGGAAAUCUCCGAGCUGUUCGUCCUCAAAGCGAAACAUACGCUAGACUAAUGUCAGAAAAGGGCGAUACUGACAGAGAGAUCCAAGUAGCUAAAGAAAGAGAAGAGGUUUUAGUGCAAAGCGUUGAGGAGAUGGACGAGGUUGUCCGAGGAAGACUAGAGGAAAAGCAAGACCUCGAGUCAAUGAGCAAAACGGUGCACAACAUCUCUCAAACACAGAGAGAGAUUGAAGAGGCUGAAGCUCAGGUGGAGAGUAUCAUGUCUCAACAGCAGUCCAGCGGUGCGGUUCGAAGCACCCAUGAGAUCCAUGAACUGCAAGACAGAUGUGCCGAGCAGAUGAAAGGAGUAAAGCACAGCUGUUCGCAGCUAUCAGGUGAUAGACAACGUAUGCGAGAUCUAAUAAGCUCUCUUGAACUUGAGCGGAGUCGACUAAGCAAUAGGAUCAGCGAUGCUAGUCGGCAGCUUGAGAGGAAAAAAUACUUCCAAGAUCAGAUUCAAGCUCAGAAAGAUGAUAUGAACAAGCAAAAAGAAGUUAUCCAAGAAGCAGAUAAAGAAAUAGGGUUAAUCGAGCCCGAGAUUUCCAAGGCCAAGGCUAUCCGAGAUGAUACACAGCAGAGGGGACGUGUAAAAGAAAAAAAAGCUGCUGAUGAGCGUGACGGACUUGCGGCAUCGGUGAACAAGCUCAAGUUGGUUAAUAAUGAUAUACAAGAUUACCUAGAUCGCGGUGGUCCAGCGCUCCUUGCUGCUAACGAGCGGCAAAUUCAGUCACUCGAUAAAGUCAUUAAGCGUAUCGAGAAGGACAUGAACGACUUGACAGCGCGAACCAACAAAAUCAAGGAAGAGGUCAGCAAUAGUGAGUUGAGAAAGAAGAAUAUUAUGGAUAAUCUCACCUACCGUAAAACUCUUCGCGACAUCGAAAAAUUCAAACGAGACAUCGAAGAGCUUGAGUCUCGUAAUGCUAACGAAGAUUACGAACGACUCGACGCCGAGGCUAAACACUGGGAAUCACGAAGCCAUAUGCUAAACGCGAAUAUAAGUUCUAUAAAAGGGACAAUGAUGAGCAAGGAUGGCGAGCUAGGGCGUCUAAUAGACGAGUGGGAAACCGAGUACAAAAUGGCAAAUGACAAGUAUCGCGAGACGCAUAUCAAGGUGGAGACAACCAAGGCGGUGAUCGAGGAUCUGGGCAAGUAUGGCACAGCGCUUAGCAAUGCCAUUAUGCGAUACCACGCACUCAAGAUGGAGGAGGUGAACCGGAUUGCGGGCGAGUUGUGGCAGAGCACAUAUCAGGGCACCGACAUAGACACAAUCCUAAUCAAGUCGGACAGCGAGGUCACGACGGGCCGCAGCUCAUACAACUACCGAGUUUGCAUGGUGAAGCAGGACACUGAGAUGGACAUGCGAGGAAGAUGUUCGGCCGGACAAAAAGUACUAGCAAGUAUCAUCAUCCGCUUAGCAUUAGCAGAAUCGUUCGGUAUCGGCUGCGGACUGAUCGCGCUUGAUGAGCCCACGACCAACCUCGACCGCGAUAAUAUUCGAAGCUUAGCGGAGAGUUUGCAUUCCAUCAUCAAGGCGCGAAAGGCGCAGGCCAACUUCCAGCUCAUCGUCAUCACACACGACGAGGAAUUCCUCCGACACAUGCGCUGCUCAGAUUUCUGCGACUAUUUUUACCGCGUGAAACGUGAUGACAAGCAGAAUAGCGUUAUUGAGCGCGAGAGCAUUUCUACUGUCCUUUAA